GGAUGUGCUUCAGGAUCGGGGCAGGACGCUGUGAGUCCAAAUUUGCUCUGACGCUGAGUCGUGCGCUGCUCAGGCCGGGCCGGGCCCACAGCCCGGCCCACACUGCGGGAUAGUCGACACCCAGCUUGGCACCUGGCUACACCUGGAGGAGACCAUGGAACAGCAAGAUGAAGAGUCCCUGGAGUCUCCGCAGGCCUGUGUGGAGAACUUUGUUCUACCCCAAGAGAUGAUCAUCGAAGUGGGGGGAGAAGAUGCUGGGUCACUGGACGUCAAGCCUCAGGAAAGCGCAGACUUCAAGAUUGUGACUGUGGACCUCACUGAGGAGGAACAGAGCACCUGGCACAACCCCCAGAGAACCCCAGAGAGAAGUGUGAUCCUUGAGGGCCACAGGGACCUGUGGGACUUGCCAUCUGUGCAUGGGAUAGAAGAAACCACCUCAAAGCAGACUGUCUUUGAUGAAGAAACAUCCCAUGGAGUGAAGACAGAGGGGUUGGCAAGAGAAGAUCCUUGGCUCUCUUCCUGUGAAGAAGUGUGUGCAUCCAAGGAGCAGCUGGAAAAGAAACAAGAAAAGCAAGAGGAAGCAGCCUUUACCCAAGGGAGAGCUGGCACUCCUGGAACGGUCUGCAGGAGUGAUGAAUUUGGCAGGAUUUCGUUCCCCUUGAUGCCAGUCAGAAACCAUUUCCAUAAACAGGCAGCACAUGUUAAAAAGUUACAUGGCGGCACUGUUGCAAACAGUCUUCAGAAGGUCAGCGAUGGUGCAGAUCUCUCCAAAGAGGAAAAUUGUGCAAAUGUCUCUCCAAGCUUUCAUCUCGCUCAGUUUACAAGAACCCCAAAAGGAGAUAAAGCCUGUGAAUUGAAUGGUCGUGUUCCAUCUUUUGGCGGUGGCACACCCCUAAAUCUACAGGAAAAGGUUCGUGUAGAAGGUAAAACCUUUGGCUUUAAAGGGCGCGGACAAGUUUUGAGCCAAAAUGUACCCUUAAAUGAACAACAGAGGAUUCUUGAGGGCCAGGAGAAAUGCAGUAAAACCGCCCCGAGUCCAUCUCUUCCUCAGAACAUGAGAAACUGCUCUGACGAGAAACGUUUUGAAUGUAAGUAUUGUGGCAAGUCCUUCAGCUGGAGUUCACAUCUCAUUGCCCACCAAAGAACUCAUACGGGGGAGAAACCGUACAAAUGCAACCUGUGUGGGAAGUUCUUCACCCGGAGCUCACACGUUGUUUCCCAUCAGAGAAUCCAUACUGGAGAGAAACCAUACAGAUGCAAUCUGUGUGGGAAAUCUUUUACCCAGAGGUAUGUUCUUGUGGUGCAUCAAAGAACUCAUACUGGUGAACGGCCUUAUGAAUGCAACCAGUGUGGGAAGUCUUUCAGGCAAAGCUACAAACUUAUUGCACAUCAAAGAACUCAUACCGGAGAGAAGCCCUACGAAUGCACUCAGUGUGGGAAAUCAUUCAUCCAGAGUUAUAAACUCAUCGCACAUCAGAAAAUCCAUUCUGGAGAAAAGCCCUAUGAAUGCAGUCACUGUGGGAAGUCCUUCAGCCAAAGCUAUAAGCUUGUCGCACAUCAGAGGACCCACACGGGAGAAAAGCCUUUUGAGUGCAAUUACUGUGGGAAGUCGUUCAGCUGGAGCUCUCAGCUGGUGUCACAUCAGCGAACACACACGGGAGAGAAACCUUAUGAGUGUAGUGAGUGUGGGAAAUCUUUCAACCGCAGCUCACAUCUUGUCAUGCAUCAGAGAACUCACACUGGAGAAAAGCCGUAUCAGUGCAAGCAGUGUGGGAAGUCCUUCAGUCAGAGCUAUGUUCUGGUCGUUCAUCAGCGGACACACACUGGAGAGAAGCCUUACGAGUGCAGCCAGUGUGGGAAGACCUUCAGGCAGAGCUCCUGCUUCACUCAGCACCAGCGAACCCACACUGGAGAGAAGCCUUACGAGUGUAACCAGUGCGGGAAGACCUUCAGCCUGAGCGCUCGGCUUAUUGUCCACCAGCGAACUCACACCGGGGAGAAACCGUACAAGUGUAGCCAGUGUGGCAAAGCGUUUAUUAGCAGUUCUAAGCGCAGUAGGCACCAGGCCACUCACAGCGAUGAGUCUUGUAAGUCCUGACUAGGUGGGAGCCCGAGUUUGAGUCCACUCCUCUCAGUCCAGCCCUCUCUGUUGUCCCCAGGGGAAGAAGGCACACAGGCCCUUUUGGUACCCCUGUGUUGCUGGUAGAGAGGAGUAAGGCCUUUCCUCUGACAGGCCAGGGUAAGAGGCCCCUGGAGAAGAGAAACUGACACCAGCCGAGGUGCUUUCUAGCGCAGCUCUGUGCGGCAGCAUCCUUAAACUGGUCUCAGAAGGAGGCUACCUACUGCCUGGCAGGAGUGCCUUCCCACAGCACUCGAGAAGGCAGAAUCUAGACCCAGAGGAGGUGAAUUUAGAUCAAGUAUCGUAAGCUUAGUUCAUAUGCCCUCUUGUUUGAGAGUCCUAGGCUGGGCCCUGAGACACAGCUUCUCUCUUGUAAAGCUGACACUCUGUAAGUUUAGCUCAGAAGGUGGCCACUGUGAGGAAGCAGUCCCAUCUUCCUGUCUCUUGCCCUUUGUUCUACCGGCUCACUGAGCCAUGUCCUCCCACCUCGUCUGUCCACCCAGAAUCCCCACGCCUAUUUACUGCAGGCAGAUGUGCUUUUCAGUCCCUCCUUUAUGCAGGCUCCAGUCAUAGCCCAGCUGGAAAUCGCACUCUGUGUACCCUCCGGUCAUGUGGCAGGAGCUGCUUUUCUAUCGCAAGAAGCUUUGCUCUUCUGCCCCCUAUCUAGUCGUUCCUUUCAAUCUAGAGACAGCAUAGGAGCCACUGUCUCAGAGUUACAAGUGGCCAUUGAGUUUUCAGGGCCCUAGUCCUCUGAGCUAAGCUCAUCUGAGCCAAGAAAUAGGCUCCCUUGCUCUCAAAGCUCCCCACAGCAUUGCCAUGUAUGCUGACCAUAAGCUGUGUAGUUUAGGAAAUUUACAAGCAGAGUCAGGCUUAGACCAGCAUGGAAGUAGUGAGACUGAGUCAAGACGAUUGUGAGUUCAAGAGCAGCCCGCACUAUGUAGCAAGACUAUCUCAAAGAAGAAAAAACAAACUUCCCCUGUGUGUGCUCCUGAAAACAAUAAAUUUUGCUACUUUUUCCAUAAAGUAAGCAAUCAGUUCUGAAUUUCAGAUAAACUAAAUCUAAAAUUGAUGGCUGUUCCCAAAAAGUCUGAAAUGCUGACUGGUGGGUGUGCUGUGGUGACUUAUAGGUUGUGGUUUUUAUAACUUAAUAUUGGAAAACAAUAUUUUACUGUCAACCUGCAUAAUUGUCCCGAUUGUUAGUUUGUAAUCUGCUUUGUACACUUCUGUUACAGUGAAUAUUUUCUAUUACUAAGGUAAAGUUACUGAUAUGAAAUGAAAUACUUGACAAGAGUAUAGAGAAUCUCUGGAACUGCCUUCAAAAAUAUUUGUGUAUAGGUUGAAGUUGAAAAGGGAUCAUGGAUCUAUUUAUUUAAUAUGUUGCUUAUGUUGUCAUCUUUUGGAGAUGCAUGUUGUACUACAACAAAUGGUACAAAGAAUAAAAAAUGACCAGAAGCAGAAAACAAAACAAAACAUCUCUCUUGUUUGAGCAUUUAAAGAAUGGCUAACCAUAUGCCCCGUGGGCUUAAGGUUUCCAUUGAGCUCCACCUGAGCCAGUCGCUCCCUUGCGCUCAGACUCUGGGAUGUUCCAGAUGAAAGUCUUGCCCUGGCGAGGAGAAUUUCCACUAGCAAGCAUCUUGUUUGAGGACUGAGGGCCUGGGUAAUGCAGGUGGGCUUGUCCACUUGUGUUUCCAUGGAAUGUUAAGGAACAUUCCCAAUGAUGCUGCUGGCCCUUUCCAUGGUAUUGUGCCCCUGGGUAUCCUGUAAUAGUUUUCAGAGUGAGGGAAUGGGGGAUGGGGAGAUGGCUCAGUGAGGAGGAGCACUUGCUAUUCUUGCUGGAUUCAGUUCUCAGCAGCCACAUUGUGCCUCACAACCAUGCAUAACUGCAGUUUUAGGGGGCCAGCACCCUUUUCUGACCUUCCUGGGCACCAGGUACACACGUGGUACACAGACUUACAUGCGAUCAAAACACACACAUAAAAAAUAAAUCCAGGAAUGAAUUUUUCAGGUAAGCUUUGUAGCUACCACUUGAGGUGUUUUCCUCUUGUUUAUUCAUUAUUUAUUUAUUGUUAUAAUUGCACGUGCCUUUGUGCACAUGAGUUAUAGGGCAACUUCAUUUUUUAUUUUUGUUUUUGGUUUCUCAAGACAAGGUUUCUGUAUGUGGCCUUGGCUGUCCUUGAACUUGCUCUGUAGACAAGGCUGACCUCAAAAUCAGAGAUCCACCUGCCUCUGCUUUCCUAGUGCUGGAUUAAAUGUGUGCACUACCACCUCCCAAGAACAACUAACUUAAUCUCAAAGGAAGUUGGUUUUCUUUCCAUCAUAUGCAUUCUGGGGAUCAAACUCAGGCCAUUGAACUUUGUGACAAGUACCUUUACCAAAAUGAACUGUCAAAGUGACCCUUGGUUUCUAAAGAUUU